AGAGAAGCUAACCAUCAAACUUCAAAGCUCAAAAUUUAAGAAACAUUAAGGAAAAGGAAGGGAAGGGAAGAGAAGCUAUGGGGAGGGCUCCUUGCUGCGACAAAGCCAACGUCAAGAAAGGCCCAUGGUCACCUGAAGAAGAUGCUAAGCUCAAGGCGUAUAUAGAGAAACAUGGCACUGGUGGUAACUGGAUUGCUUUGCCUCAGAAAAUUGGCCUUAAAAGAUGUGGCAAGAGCUGCCGUCUUAGAUGGUUAAACUAUCUUCGCCCAAAUAUUAAGCAUGGAGGCUUCUCUGAGGAGGAAGAUAACAUAAUUUGCAGCCUCUAUAUUAGCAUCGGGAGCAGGUGGUCUAUAAUUGCAGCACAAUUGCCAGGGAGAACAGAUAAUGACAUAAAGAACUACUGGAACACAAGGCUGAAGAAGAAGCUUCUUGGUAAGCAAAGGAAAGACCACCAGGCUCGGAGGGCUAGUGGCAUAAAGCAAGAGAUGAAGAGAGGAAACGCUAAUCCUAUGGUUUCAGCUGAUAAUAAAAACAAUCAAAACCCUUAUUGGCCUGAGCUGCCUUUACUGGCUCCAAUACCAUUCUCCAACCAAGAACCCCGCUUUAAUGACCAUGCUUCUAUUAGGAAACUGCUUAUCAAGCUUGGAGGAAGAUUUUCUGAAGAUGAUCAACUCAUUCGCAAUGCCACAAGUACUCAGUUCCCAAAUGGCGUAUCCUACGCUCAGCAACUUUAUGAUCAGCCCAUUAAUAAUGUCUCCUCUUCUGCUUCAAUGGAUACCUCAAAUGACACUGCUGUUCAAUUUGCACAAGCACACUACAAUAUUGAAGGGGCUAGGCUGCAGAUGGUUCAAGGAGAAAGCAAUUUCCCUGCUGUGGGGAUUGAGGAAAUGGCAUACAACAAUCCACAAAGAUUAGAUGGGCUAGAGUUUCUGCUCAGCGAUGAUAUGUUAAAUGAUAGAAUUGGGACUACUUCUGGCGAAAGCGUAGUUGGCUCCAUGGUUGAGAUGAGCUCUCUUGUGUAUCCUCCUAUGGCUUCAAACUGUGAAGGGAUACAGCAAGGAUUGCUGCAGGAAUGCUCUCUAGAGGAGUUGAGGUACCCUGGAAUUCUAUAGUGUGGUGUACAUUAAUGGUAUAGAUAGUACAGAUUCAUAGCAGUAGAUGUUGGAUUCUCAGAUGAAACCCUAAUAAGCUCAUUCAGUGAUCUGUUUGCUUUCCUUGUUGGCAGAAAUUAAGUAUAAUAUAUAGUUUAUUGUUGGGUGUGAUGAGCUCUCUUUUUAUGUAUUUCAGACUUGAGUUACGUUAGGCGCAAAUUUCAUCAAUCAAUUGGGAGCUUCUAGACUGGACAUGUUAAUUUGGAUAUGUAAUUUUCUCUGAUUUGAUUUGGUGAUGAUCAUAAUUUCUUGAAAAUUU